AUGCCGGCCACAAAAGCGACCCGGAAGCGAGCCCCCUCCGAAGAAGAAUGGGAACGAAUCAAACCAGAAUUGAAGCGGUUGUUCAUCGAUGAGAACUUGCCACUGAAAGAAGCUGCGAGAAUCAUGGCCUCUCAGCACAGCUUUCAUGCAUCUAUAGACAUGUACAAGCUCAGACUGAAGAAAUGGCGUCUGCAGAAGAAUUUCAAGAAAAUCGAACUUGCCGCAGCUGCCGAUGCAGUGCGGCCGUUCUGCAGGUCUGGCAUCGCCACCCCAUGCCUCACAGUCGACCAACGAUCAAUCCCCAUUGAUCGAGUGAGACGUCAUUUUGGCGAAGACCUCAGGUCGCCUCGCAAGCCGUACGCGUCAGGCAGCAUCCAGCUUGGUAGCUCAACAAGUGCAUACACUCGAACUUUGGGAAAGACAUUGCAAGGACGCCGGAUGACCAUACCUCGAGUCCUUCUACAAGUUUCUCCUGUGAUGUCCUUGUUUGAAAGAACGGCUUAUCAAAUUCACGCCUACUACAGCUGGAAACUGACUGAAGAGGACAACUGGUCUUCGGGGUCCGGGAGUAUGACAACUUCAAUCGAGUUGUACAACGUAGCACUUGACGUUACAAAAGCACUCGAGGUGGGAAAUGUGCACCUCGUACAGGCAGCACUGAGGAAUCUUACCAUGUCAACCAAAGAGGUCGUUGUAGCACAACAUCCUGAUCUUCUACAAGUUCUUCUUAGGAUGUGCUCGAGGACGGUCGAGGAUCAGUUCUAUGGCCCCUGUUGGAAUGCCUGCCUGGCAUACAUCUACGCAACUGCAAAGAAAUCACUGUCAAAGAAGAAUCCUCUGCUGAUGCUCUUGGAACUCAGGCUAAAUCACUUUGAGAUAAACAUUCACUACACCCGGUUAUUAAAAUUGGCCAGAGAAGUUGAACUUCAAAAAUAUCGUCAAACUUCGAGGUUCGUUUUUCAGACCGACACUGCAAUGAUGCUGGGUAUCAAGAGGGAACAGGGUCCUGAGGCAGCUUCCAGGUUCUGCAAUGACAGGAGGAACAGUUUCAAAGAGAUAUUAGGAAGAGAUCACUGGCUGUCCCGAAGCUGGUCGCGAAUGAUGGCGGAAAUGUGUUUUUCUGCAGGCUUGCUGAAGGAAGCAAAAGAGAUUUGUCUGCAGCUGGUGGACGGAGAAAUCACACCAGGCACCGUGGGUGCAUAUGUGUGUUCGAGCGCCAUGAGACUACUCGCCUAUAUAUUCGAGUCUGAGCAAGACUAUCGCGCCGGGGCAAUCUGGUUUCGUCAUGCAUCCUCGGCCUUUGAGGACCUUUAUGGUUUUGGUAAUAUUGACGCGCAGCUUUUGCUAUAUCAUGCUAAGCGUAUGGAGGCUAAACUUCAGUACUUCCCUGAUUACCUUGAACAGCAAGAUUUUGAGCUGGAGAGACGGCGCUCUGAACAAGUUUCUUCGGCGGUUGCGGAGCUAGGAAAGGAGAUGUCACGAAUUUGCCUGGAGACUUAUUAUGACGACGAAGACGACGAUGACGGCGACGCAACCUCCGAAGGACAAACCUGGAAUGAGAAUGCUUCAGGUAAUGGUGACGAUUCCACCAACGGACCUGAAGGUCCGGUUGACUCGGCAAGUGAUAUGGGUGAUAUAGGUGACGCUGAAGUCGACGGAAGCAUCAGUGCCAAUAACAAGCAGCAUGUGUUCCCAGAUCAUAUGUCGUCACUGGAGACCCUCCAGAUGCGUCUGGGACCUCAUAAUGAUGUCCAAGGAGCAGCUGAGGCUGCUCGGCUACCCUUGUCACACUCAGCCAUUGAAUCGACGUGCUGUCCCGAAGAUAUCUGGAUAGCGCCAGCUCCCGACAUGACGGUUUCCCAUCUUGGAGACACUUACUCAGGAUUUUGCUUGAAUACUCAGCCACAUUUAUCAGCUUUGGAGGAACAGCUCGUGGAAGGAGAACCAGGGUCAAGACCUGCGACGGAUAGCCAGUACGCUCUGGACCCUAUCGACUGCGAACUACCAUUCGUUGGUGACUGUGCAGACUUCGAUGACCUAUGCAGCAUGCCUUGCUUCGACAAUCAGUUUGACUUCAUGCCUUCAUUCACAGAUUUCUAUAAAAUUGAUCUUCUUGACGGGAACCCAACAGAAGUAAAUCAGAUGGUUUCGACAAUUGCGGCAGCGCAACACAAUGUUGAGGGACUCCCGGGUUUAAGCCAUGAUGUUGAUUGCGAUCUUGGCUGGCCGAACAAAGAUCUAGCUACCGAUGGCCAUGUCGAUUCUGAUCUGGCGAUCCCCGUGUCAUUCAAGGACACGACUGUGAUGGAAUUGGUUAAUUGGGAAUGA